AUGGUCGGGUCUGCUCUCUGCAAGUCGCUUGAGGCCGACGGAUUGGAAAUUGUUCCCAUCCGUAGGGUGCAUCUUGCUGGAGAGAACGUCGCCACAGGCAGCGGUCCUCUCGGUUGGCUCGGCAUCCAGGCUUGGUCCGAGGCCAAGAAGUCGGAGAUCAUCAAGUCGCGCAAGGAAGGCACAGAAGCCGUGGUCGAAGCCAUCAAUGCAUGUCCAGCUGGGAAGAAGCCCAAGACACUCGUCUGCGCUUCCGGCGUUGGCUUCUACGGCUACACCACUGAGGAUGCGGUCGUGGACGAGAGCUCACCUAUGGGGACCGGCUUUCUUGCUGCUGAAGUAUGCCCCACUUGGGAAGCUGCUGCAAGCCAAGCGUCUUGCAGAGUGGUGAUUGCCAGGCUUGCUCCUGUUCUCAGCAACAACGGAGGAGCUCUCGGAAAGCUCCUGCCCAUUUUCAACCUGGGAGGAGGAGGGAUCGUGGGCUCUGGGAAGCAGUACUUCUCGUGGAUCUCUCUCCGGGACUGCGUCAAGGGUAUCCGCUACAUGAUAGACACUCCCUCCCUCUCUGGACCUGUCAAUCUCUGCUCCCCUCAGCCCGUGACCAAUGCUGACUUCACGUCUGCUCUUGGGAAGGCUCUUCAGCGACCAACCAUCCUUCCCUUCCCUGACUUUGCUGUUCGCCUCCUCUUUGGACAAAUGGGAGAGGAAAUGCUGCUGGGAGGACAGAGGGCCAUGCCCAGCAAGCUUCAGGCGGCGGGAUUUCAGUUUCAGGAUAAUACCAUCGAUGAGGCCCUUGCUGCUACUUUGAAGUAG